AGUACUUUGAAAGGAAAUUCACAUAAUUUUUCUACAAUAAUAUUAUCCGUAAAUCGGAGUAUUUUGUGAGUUAGAAGUGGGGCACGACCACCGUGGUGGAAAAGGAAGCGGCCGGUAAGUGGCGCCUAUUCUGCGCUCAGCCAGUUUAGGCCGAAACUUCCCACAACAUUUCCGGGACCUUUGCUCAGUCGGGUUGUAGAAUGACGACUAAAAAGAAGCGCACACCGGUCGCACAGACUGACAGCUGGGUCGUCAUCGCUGCAGAAUCUGCCGUCAACCCCCAGAAGACCGACAGUGACCCGACUUUGGUGAGGCUGAGGAACCCCUCAACAGAUGCAGCGUCUCUGUACAUGCUGGGGAGUGGUGAGGAUCAACUUUACGAGGUCAAAGCGUUCGAUGAAGAAUUCCGCUCCUGGUUUGUUGGCCAGACGGUGCAGAGAGAUGGGAGACUUCUGUUUGUGACCCCGAUGGAUCCUCUGUACCUCAUCCUGCCCUACAUGAUCAAGUCUGCCAAAGAAGGGAAGUUCCAGCCUGUGGAUCAGGUCGUGAUGGAUGAAGACUUCCCUGCCUGCUCCAAGCUGCUGCGCUGCUCUCGGUCUCUCACUUCCAUGCACCACAUCGCAGAGGAGAAAGAGGUGGGAAGCCAGAGGUUUUAUCGCUACUGUCAAGACAGAACGCUCAGCUGGCUGAAGAAGAAGGUGGAGAGGGCCGUCGCUGCUCUGAAGAAGAGGAACGUCUCGGUGGGAGAAGGAGUCAAAUCCACAACCUUCGUCAGAGUCAAGCUGGAAUCCGACUCGCAUGAAGAAGACUACCUGCGCUAUGCUCACGGGCUCAUAUCAGAGUACAUCUCCGACGACCUCAGCAAGGCGCUGCUCAAACACCUGGGGCUACCGGAGCUCACCUCCCCUAAGGAUCUGGAGCCGGCGUCCAAGAAACGGAAACUGUCGGACAAACCCGUGGAGGCCGGAGAGGACUACACCAAAUUCAACGGCGCAGACUUUGCGCGGAAACCCGCCAAGAAAAUGACGUCCGCUCAGAAGACUCUGGCGAAGGUGGACAAGAGCGGCAUGAAACCCAUGUCCUCGUUCUUCAGCCCGAAGGUGAAGGCUGAAAAAUGACUUGUUUUUUUUGUAGACGUUUUGUAAUAAAGAAGAACUGUUCUGAA